AUGCAUACCAAAAAGUAUAUUGAUAACUUGUGUAAAAAUGCUAUUUAUGGAAAUCCUUUUAUACAAUUGACUGCAGAAGAUGUCCAAAAUUGUAAAUUGAGCUUCAUUAAAAAUAAGCAUAAUACACCGAAAGAAGAUUUUAAUAAACUCAAAGAAGAUUAUAAUACAUAUUAUAAAGACUUUAAAACGUCUUUAGAUGAUAAAACGCCCAAAGACGUAACAAUGACUAAAGCUGAUAAAACAUAUAAUAAAAAUAAUUCAUCAAUGGACGAUGAGCCUGCUGAAAAAAUACAAAAGGUGGAUACAAAUAGAAUAGAUGUUUUGAAAUUGGUAAUAUAUAGAGAUGGUAAAACUAAAAAAUUUAAAUCACAAUUCAAGUCCUCAUUAAAAACCAAUAAUGAAAAUGUUACUACCAGUACUGAGGAGGUAUCAAUGGAAGAAUCUAUUGAAUCUGAAAAGUCUUCAGAAAAAAAUGUAAGAUCUAUGAUCAGGGUUGUUGAUCUUAGAAAAAUUAUGGAUGAAGAUAACUACAAAAUUUGGAUGAAAAAUGUUGGUAUAGAACCCAAACAUCUAAGAACUGACAUCAAAAAGUUAACAGCUGCUAAACUCUCUACAACUAGAUAUCAACCAUUUUUACAUAAUUACAAAGUAAAUGGAGUUAAACACACUUUAAAUGGUGAAAAUCUUGUAAGAAGGAAUUUAAUUGAAAUUAAAAAACUAUAUAAAAAAUAUUUUAUCAAAUGCGUACGAGAUACAAUUGUGAUUAUUGCAAAUAUUCUCAACAUUAUUUUAAUGUCUGAGAAAUAUUGCAAAGCACGAAUUGAUAUAUCUUCAAAAAAAAAAAAUGAAGCUCUAAAACUGAAAGAAAGAUAUGAUGCACGGAAGUUAAACGAGAGGCAUAAAAAAAUUCUAGUAAAAAAGUUGAAAAACAAUCUUAUAUGUGUCAUAUCAUCUUUUGAAGAGUCAGAAUUUGAUUUAGCAUUUAAAAUGAUUUUUAUAAGUAUAUUAACUGUACUUCAAGUUCUGGAUAAGCCAAAUUUCAAAAAAGGUAGAAUCUUUAAAAAGUUGGUACUUUUACUGUUAAAUAGUUUGAAGGCCAGUGAAUAA